AUGCGAUCGGUACCUUCGGCCAUACUUAGAAAGCUGCAAAAUCGUAUCGCACGAGCAGUGUCAUCCGACGGCGGAAGACAAGUGAUUGUCGUAGGGCCGGAAGGUCGAGGAAAGACGACAUUGAUAAAGGAUGUCAUCAACCAUGGCCAUAGACAGAGCUUUAGAAACGUUGCAUAUUCAUACUAUGACUUCCAAAGGAACGCUAAUCAUAAUUUCCAGGUCAUGGUGACACAGUGGUCAUCAGAACUAAUAUCGCAUCAUCCAAUGCUCAAUCACACUUCAAAAACCGAUUGUUUGGAAGUAUUCAAUGUCCUCAAUGACCAGAUACCACAGCUGCAAAUGCAUAUUAAGACCUUCCUGCGCAGAUUACUAACAUUGAAGUACCUGGAUAGAACACUUGCAGCCCACAUAACAUCAAUAUUGAAGUCUGAUAAUGAGGUAUCACCAGAGCUAUGGUAUGACACCUGCUUAUUAUUGCUUAAACAUGCUCCGGGCACUAUGGGAAUACAUGACACCAGCAGUGUGGGCAAUAUAGAGCCCUUCUUUUAUGGUUUAUAUGCCGUUGGCAUUAUCGCAGAAAAAACUGAAAUUGAAGCAAAAGGUGAACAUAAUUCAAGCUCAAGGCUGACCGGCAUUUGGGCAACCAAGUAUGUACUUAGACCAUGGCAUAUAAUAUCCAGAUUACGACAAAAUAAUUGGAUACUAUGUUUGGACAGUCUACAUGAACUUAUCAGGUCACCUUUUUUAAAUGACCGUGGAGGUAACUUUAUUUGGCAAAUGGUUGAAGAAAUACAAGCGAACAACAUGUCAGCUGUGCUGAUUUCCGAUGAAUGUACUGCGACUAUACCAUUCAUAGACCAAAAAUUGGCUAACAACAUCGAUGAUGUAUAUAUGAGACCGCGUGGUAAUGUAUCCGCCGAAAAAGUGGACCCGUCAGCCCUGGUUUUCCUCGAUGUACCUGAAAUAGAACCUACAGUAGCACGUGGAGCACUGAAAGAAGGCAUAUCUAAUUCUGAGAAUAUUGCACGUGCGUUACUUAAGGUAAGCGGUGGGAAUUUACGACUGAUAAAUUCCCUGAUAAACUCAUAUCGGGAUCUCGAAAGUUCACUUGACCUACCGGCAGUACACCAGAUACUUGCAGGGUCCAACAGCCCUGUAGAUGACGAAUAUUUCCCACUAAAUGGUAGUUUAGAGGAUCAGGUACAAUAUCUCAAAGACGAACGCUGCAGGAUGUUUGUAAGGAACGUUCAUAAUGCUGCGUUGAAGAACGAAGUUGGUAAAUUUGAGAACAUGAUGAACCGUUUUUUGAGUCUUCCGGCUAUGGAGAGCGCACGUCAUCGUUUGGGUGACAACAUCCAUUUCUUGGUAACGGUAUACGAAACUGUGCGUUACCUUCUAAGCAAGCCACUCUUACAACUACACCCCGAAGUCAAUAUAGAGAACAAGAUAAUACUAUCGCUAUUGGCAUCUGGUAUAAUGCAUUUGAAUGUGGAAAGUCGUACCAUGGAGUUCAAAGAUGCACUAACACGAUUGUUAAUUGAGGCGUUUAUCGACAACGAGUAUGGUAGGCCACGAUAG